UGUGGUGUUGACUAAUCGCUGCUUUGGAGGAGCACGUUAAUUCCGACUGAGCUGUCAUGGCUGCUGUUGAUACCGACUGGGAAAACUUCCCUUCAUACUUUGACUUAACGCGCGGUAUUCAGGAAUUUCUCGCAAAGACGUAUCAUGAAACCUUUAUAGAAAAAAGAGAACAACUUCCCAUUGAAUCUACGUGGAGUAAUUAUAAUUUCAGCUUAUUCGACAUAACGUUAGUAGUAUUAUUAUCAAUAGUAUGGUCAGUUUUACGGUACAUGUCUACAGAAUGGAUUUUCAAGCCUUUAGCUCAUCAUUAUGCUCUUACUUCAACAAACCAAAGGAAGAUGCCAGAAAGUGCCUGGAAGUUUGUGUUUUACCUUUGUGCCUGGUCUUAUACUUGCUAUGUUGUUAUUUUGAGUGGUAAUUACAAGUUCUUCCAAAAGCCUAGUACUGUUUGGGAAAAUUGGAAUUUAGCAGAUGCCCCUCCAAUGGAUAUUUAUUUCAUGUACAUGGCUCAGUGUGGGUUUUACCUUCAUUCUUUAUAUGCUACUUUGUUUUUGGAUACAUGGAGGAAAGAUUCUUUUGUAAUGAUGAUUCAUCAUGUUUUAACUUUAGGGCUAAUCUCCAUCUCAUAUUCUUUAAGAUAUCAUAAUAUUGGGUCUUUGGUAUUAUUUACUCAUGAUGUGUGUGAUAUUCUUCUCGAAUUUACAAAGUUAAAUGUUUAUUUCAAAAUACAAGCCAACAGAUUGGUCAAGAAACAUGAAAUUUUUGCAAACAUUUCAUUCUUUUGUUUUACUGUUUUAUGGUUUGUUUGUCGCCUAUAUUGUUAUCCUUUGCGAGUACUAUAUGCUGCCACAGCUGAUGUGCAGAAAUUAAAACUAGUCCUUCCAUGUGCUUUGCUCAUGAAUAGUUUGUUAUGGAUACUUCAAAUUUUAAAUAUUUAUUGGUUUUUGUUUAUUGUUCAAUUUCUUUUCCGUGUUGCCACUGGCCAAGUUCGAGAAGUGGAUGAUACAAGGGAAUUUGAUGUAGAAGAAAAAUUCUCCCAACAAUUUUCUUCUAAGCAAAAUCACUUAAAUGACAAUGCCUUGCAUAAUGGAAUUGUGAAGACCAAUGGAAGCUGUGAGGAUGGUUCUGUUUUAAAUGGCAAUGUUGGUAAUAUAAGGAACAGAGUAAAGAAAUUGAGUUAGUACAAUUAGUUUAAAAAAAGAAAAAUGGGAAAAAAAUAAAUAAAAAAACACCUUCCAUUGUAUUAAAUUUUGUUACAAAAUUCUUUGAUAA